AUGAACAAGAUAAAGCCUGAGCAGCUGUUAGAGCUGGAGCAACCGUUUAUAAAGGUCCCUAACGAACAACUAAAGAAAACCCUCCGAAAUCAGACCAAGUACCUUGAAAAAGAGAUUACAAACAUCAAUGACAAGAUUGAAGAUUGCGUCAAAAAAGCGAAAGCCGACCGAAUAACCUCCAGUCAAGCAACGACUAUCAUCGAUGAACUAUUAGUACGACUGAGAAAACUUGGCCGCAAGCUGGAUGAUAUCAAGAAGGAAGAGCAACUAUACACAACCAGGACAAAGAUACGAUUGGACCACCUGAAAAAUACUUCACAAGUUGCCCCGACGGACAAGGAAGCAUUUAACCGUUGGAGUAAGCUCAGACUUGAUAGAGUCUUGGUUGAUUACAUGCUUCGCAAGGGGUUCAAUGAUACGGCAAAGAAGAUGGCCGAAGACAGUGAAAUAAGCGAAAUGGUGGAUGUCGAGCUAUUUGCACAGUCAGCGCGGAUUGAAGAAGCAUUGAAACAACAUAGCUGUUCAGAAUGUAUACAGUGGUGCUCAGACAAUCGGAAUAGUCUAAAGAAAUUGAAGAGCACGCUGGAAUUCAAUUUGCGUUUGCAGGAGUACAUUGAACUCGUCCGAUUAGGAAAGAAGACGGAGGCGAUUCAAUAUGUUCAAAAGUAUCUAUCGUCAUGGUCAGAAAGCCACUUACGCCAGCUUGAACAAGCCAUGGCAUUAUUAGCUUUUCCCAAGGACACUCUUUGCGAACCCUACAAGAGUUUAUAUGAUUCUCGACGAUGGAAAAAGCUCAUUGAUCAAUUCAAGGCAGACAAUUUUGCCCUUUGUUGCUUAACUUCUCAACCAUUGCUUUCCAUUACGUUACAGGCGGGCCUGUCAGCGCUUAAAACUCCGCAAUGCCGACAGCAUGAAGACAAGAACUUGAAUUGCCCUGUAUGCGAUACAAGCACGUUGGGAGCGUUGGCAGAGAACCUUCCCUUGUCUCAUCAUGUCAACUCCAGUAUUGUGUGUCGCCUCAGUGGAAAAAAGAUCGACGAAAAUAAUCCACCCAUGUUAUUACCCAACGGACGGGUAUACAGCCUUCAGGCUCUGGAAGAGAUGGCCAGUAAGAACAAUGGAUACAUUACAUGUCCUCGAACUGGGGAUACCUUUGAGCUGGUGGAGACUAGAAAACUGUACAUUUCUUAGUUGUGAUAUGCGACACCACGUCUGCCGCAUACGGCAUUUUUGAAACUGUCCAAAGUGUAGCAUUAGACAAACAUACAUAUGGCAGUAGCAAUAAAAACAACGAAAUGAAGCCCUAGGUCUGCCUACCAUAGUAUUAAUUUUGCCUGACUGUGAGAAUUGACGUACGGGCCCAUGACUUCACCCCCAUGUCUUUGUAAACCCGACCAUU